AAUUUCCGGUUAUGCAUAUAUAUAUAUAUAUAUUAUAUACACUUACAGGGUGCGGUAUAUAUAUAUAUAUAUAUAUACUUAUGACUGACAUGUCAUUGGAUACUGAUUAAUUAAUUAGUUGAUACUGGGUUGACCUCAACCUAAUGUCACCCUCCCUUAGUUGUAGCUCUACCACAUGAGAACUGAUUAUUAUGCAUAUAUAUUUGUACAUAUAUAAACAAAUAAUAUCCUUUUUCUUUUGAAUUUUGUGACAAAGUUCCUUUAAGGCCAAUUAUUGUUAUUACAUUUUGGACUUCCACUAAUGAUUUCCAUAACCUACCUACCUUAGAAUUUUAAAACACUCGAAACCUGCCCUGAUUUUCCUCACAAGUUGAGGCUCAAAAAGUUUAUUUGUGAUGGGAAUAAAUAAUUUCACUUUCUUGUUCACAUAUAUCCGUUCAUUGACUUGAGAAAAUUAAGAUAUAACAAAUGAAUGGCCCCGCUUCAUUUUUUUAUUUUUUUAUUUUUAAAUUUUUUUUUUGUUUUGGUGAAUAUGAAUGACCCUACUUUGCUUGUGUUGAUUGAAGCUGCGGACACAAAAUGAUGCCACUAAGAAUUUGUCCAUUGUUGAUAUUGAAGAGAACCAGAUUAUCACUGCUUUAUUAUUAUUGAGUCUCUGUUGAAGUUCUUCUUGUUGUAAUUUGAUAAUAUAUAUAUAUAUAUAUAUGUAGAGAGAGAGAGCCUAAUUAACAUAAUCAGUGUUCAGCAGUAGCUUCCUGGAAAGUAUAUAAAUUUAUCUCGAGCUCUUAAACAUUCUCCUAAGAUAUUGUAUUGUAUGCAUUGAUAUAUAUAUAUGUAUAUAUAUAUGUACGUAUUAUGUAUAUAUGUAUACAAUACUUCUUGAACCAGUACAAAAGAUAUCGUGAGUAGUAAUACCAAACCUGCAAUUGCACGGAAUUGUCACUCUAACACAGAUAGAAAGAAACAAGAAGAGACGGCAGAAGAUAGACCUUGUAUGAGAUGCGUUCUUUGGUAAUUAUCUUUCUCUUCUACUUGUUGAUCUACUGGAUAAUUCGCCGAUCAACCUCCGACGCUUCACAGACCAUCAAUGGCACUGUUUUUAUCAAUGGAACAGUUCCAAUAGGAAGAAUUGACGAUGAUUUUGUGUGUGCUACUCUUGACUGGUGGCCACCGGAAAAGUGUGACUAUGGAACUUGUAGCUGGGGCAGAACUUCUCUUCUUAAUAUUGACCUUAACAAUCCUAUACUUUUAAAUGCAAUCAAAGCAUUUUCACCCCUGAAAAUCAGACUAGGAGGCACCUUACAAGACAGAGUCAUAUACGAGAGAAAUAAUCAGCAACCAUGUAAUCCAUUUGUCAAAAAUGAAUCAGAUUUUUUGGGUUUCUCUCAAGGUUGCUUGCCAAUGUCCCGGUGGGACGAACUAAACAUUUUCUUCAAAAGAACAGGGGCUGUUGUAUUUUUCGGUUUAAAUGCACUAAGCGGCAGGACGAUAGAUUCCCAAGGUUCUGCUAUAGGAGCAUGGGAUUCCAGUAAUGCAGAAUCUUUGAUACAAUAUACAGUCAACAAGGGAUACACUAUUCAUGGUUGGGAGCUGGGAAAUGAACUGAGUGGGAGAGGAAUUGGAGAAAGAGUUGCAGCAUUCCAAUACGCAUCUGACAUUAACACACUCCAACACAUUGUACAAAAGAUUUAUGCAGGUUCCGAAGUUAAGCCACUAGUCCUUGCCCCUGGAGGGUUCUUUGAUGCUAACUGGUUUGCAGAGUUCAUUGACAAAACAACUAAAUCUCUUCAAGUAGUCACCCACCACAUUUAUAACCUUGGUCCAGGCAAUGAUGAACAUCUUAUUGACAAGAUCCUAGAUCCAUCUUAUCUUGGCGGAGAGUCCAGUAGCUUCAGCAGCUUGCAAAGUAUUCUUAAAAAAUCAGGGACUUCAGCAGUGGCAUGGGUUGGUGAAGCAGGAGGAGCAUACAACAGUGGCCACAAUCUUGUCACUAAUGCUUUCGUGUUUAGUUUUUGGUAUCUAGACCAGCUUGGUAUGGCAGCUUCUUAUGAUACCAAAACAUAUUGCAGACAAACAUUGAUUGGUGGAAAUUAUGGACUUCUCAAUUCCCACAACUUUCUCCCAAAUCCAGAUUAUUACAGUGCUCUUCUUUGGCAUCGUUUAAUGGGAAACAAUGUCCUCUCAACAAGCUUUUCUGGGACAGAGAAAAUGCGUGCUUACGCUCAUUGUUCUAAGAAAAAUACUCUCGGAAUCACAUUGCUUCUCAUUAACCUGGAUGAUCAAACUAGAGUUGAGGUCAGUGUUUCAACUGACAAUCAAAAUGGUACAAGCUCAAGCCAAGAUCGUAAGGAAGAAUACCACCUAAUGGCUAAAGAUGGGGAUUUGCAGAGCCCAGUUUUGGUUCUAAAUGGGAAAACACUAAUAGUGGAUUCAUCUGGAGCUAUCCCACCUUUGGAACCAGUAUAUACAAAUAUGUCAGAUUCAAUAUCUGUUGCUCCUUUCUCUAUUGUUUACGUUCACAUCCCGAACAUCGAUGUGUCUGCCUGUACAAUUUAGUUCUUGGUGAAUAUUAACAAAAACUUCCAUGUCUCAGACGUAAUUAAAGGUAAAAAAGUGUCAACCUUUUUUUUUUUUUUUUUGGCCCCCCAUAGCAAGAAAUAGAAUUUUAGGUUUAAUUUUAAUAGCCCCAUCUGUAUAAACUUGUAUACUUCGUCAACCAAAUAGAAAGAUAAAAAUAUCACACAGCUGUUGUUUCGUGAAAAUGCUUAUUUCUACUUUUAGCUAGCUUUUGACACCAGCACUCUUGGACUAAAAAUUUUGAAAAUAAAUUAAGAAACCUUUAAUUUUUUUUUUUUUUUGGUGCCAAUAGAGUAAAAUUUUGAAAUGUCUUCAAAACCUUCCUUGAGUUCCAUAAUUUUGUUUUUGCCCUAAUUGCACUCGAAUAAAAUAUUCCUUUCAAAGUAAAAUCUGUAAAAAAAUCAUAUUGGAUUAUUUUAAAUGCAAUGAAUCCUUACGUUAGAAUGUUUGAUGUCGUCUUUAAUAAACAAGCCAUCAAAAUGGGAUGUUAAGAAGAAAUGUAAAACAGACACACACUCACUUCCCAAGAUGAAGUUGGACUGCCAUUGCCAGAUCCCACAGAUAGGCAUUGCUAAACAAUGAGCUAAAUAGGAAUAAUUAAAGCUUUAAAAUUAAGAAGCUAUAAAAUCUUCAAGAACAAGAGUAUUGCAAAGAUUUCUACCCUAUAUGUGCGGAUAGACAA